AUGCUGGCUUGUCGUUUAAUACCGCGGACUGUCGUCCGAUCUUCUCUCCGCCCGCCUUCAUCACUUCCAUCAGUCAUCGUCCCCGUCUCGCGAUGGAGACGGGGAUAUGCUAGCCAAGCAGAAGAAAAAGACCUCGUAAUCAUUGGUGGUGGAGUGGCUGGAUAUGUAGCCGCGAUCAAGGCUGGGCAAGAAGGCUUGAAGGUCACCUGCAUUGAGAAACGUGGCGUACUCGGCGGCACCUGUCUCAACGUGGGCUGCAUACCUUCGAAGUCACUCCUCAACAACUCGCAUCUAUACCACCAAAUUCUCCACGAUAGCAAACCACGGGGAAUCGAGGUUGGUGAUGUGAAGCUCAACCUACAGGCUAUGAUGAAGGCCAAGGAAACGUCUGUUUCGGGCCUGACCAAGGGUAUCGAAUACCUCUUCAAGAAAAACGGCGUUGAAUAUAUCAAGGGAACCGGUUCUUUCGCCAGUGAGCACGAAAUUAAGGUUCAGCUCAACGAUGGCGGUGAGACGAGCGUCGUCGGCAAGAACAUACUUAUUGCUACCGGCAGUGAGGCAACCCCAUUCCCCGGACUCGAUGUUGACGAGAAGCGUGUUGUCACAAGCACCGGAGCCCUGUCUCUGGAAAAGAUCCCCGAGAAGAUGAUCGUUAUCGGUGGUGGUAUCAUUGGCCUCGAGAUGGGCUCCGUAUGGUCGAGGCUAGGCGCCAAGGUCACUGUUGUCGAAUUCCUGGAUCAGAUCGGUGGUCCCGGCAUGGACACCCAGGUGGCGAAAGAAGCACAGAAACUCCUCAAAAGGCAGGGCAUAGAGUUCAAGCUCGGCACUAAGGUUGUGAGCGGCGACAAGAACGGCAACAACAUUAAACUGGAGGUCGACUCCGCUAAGGGCGGUAGGCCUGAAACCCUCGAGGCAGACGUUGUACUGGUUGCCAUUGGCCGUCGCCCAUACACUACGGGCCUCGGUCUGGAAGACAUCGGUUUAGAGCUUGACGAACGUGGUCGCGUUGUCAUCGACUCGGAAUAUCGCACGAAGCUGUCGCAUAUCCGCAGCAUCGGUGACUGCACCUUCGGCCCUAUGCUCGCGCAUAAGGCCGAGGAGGAAGCCGUCGCCGCUGUCGAGUACAUCAAAAAGGGGUAUGGUCACGUCAACUAUGGUGUGAUCCCAUCCGUAAUGUACACUUAUCCCGAGGUCGCGUGGGUUGGCCAGAAUGAGCAGGAACUAAAAAAGGGUAAUAUCCCCUACAAGGUGGGAACGUUUCCCUUCAGCGCCAACUCGCGCGCAAAGACCAACCUAGACACGGACGGCUUGGUCAAGAUGAUCGCGGACCCCGAGACAGAUAGGCUGCUGGGUUGCCACAUCAUCGGACCCAAUGCUGGCGAGAUGAUAGCUGAGGCUACCCUAGCCUUGGAAUACGGCGCAUCGACUGAGGACAUUGCCCGCACGUGUCAUGCCCACCCGACGCUGGCAGAGGCAUUUAAGGAGGCGGCUAUGGCGACCUACUCAAAGGCCAUCCACUUCUAAUGAGUGUAAAAAUAAAGCGGAUAGACGGGGAAGCCCAACAUCGGGCGGGCUAGCGUACCGGUGUAAAGGUGUACACUAAAACCCUUGUGAGCAACGUGAACUAGGUAUACUCAUUAGAUCAUCUUGAGAUAGGGGUGUCUCAGUCCGUGCCAAUAAUCCUCGGGAUAGUAUCAUACGCAUAUUAUACUCUUCACCCAGUUUUCGCUUAUAAAUAAAGCUCUUUUCAGUUUACGAAUCUAACUAUUUUCCGUCUCUAUAUACGAAUGCAUCCUUUCUCUUUCACUA